AUGAUUCAAUAUUUAAAUAAAUGUUUGAAUGAAACCAAAGUUUAAGCACCUGCACAAAUGCCUGGAAUUUCAACCUUAAAAAAUCAAACAUUUACUAGAUAUACAUCUCCAGUCCCAUUACAAGAGGAUGUAAUAAUCUAAAUUAAAUUAGUAGAGAAGUUUUCGUAAUUAAAGUGUUACAUAUUAGCCGAAUCAAAGUAACAUUUCCUAGAUCUCAAAUGCUACAAUAUCAAAUAAAUUUAAUUUUUGAGAAUAUGUAUCACACCUUAAAUUAAUAUUACAAUAUAUCUAUUCAUAAUUCUUGUUUUAUUAAAACAUCAAUACAAUUUUUAGAUAUUUUAUAUAAAACAAUCAAAAAAUGCUUGA